CCGAGGCGAGCGGCAGAGGAGCGGGGAGCGGAGCGAGCGGCUCUCCCGGAGGAGGCGGCGGAGAAGCGGGGACAGCCGCCGGGACGGCAGCGCGGCGAGGCGAGUGCGGAGCCUCUUCCCUCCGGCCGGGAGAGCGGCAGCAGCGGGAGGAAGCAAAAUGAUGGUCCAACACUCAGGCCAGGUAUCUGCAUUAGAAGUCAGCGCCUCCGCAAUUGUUCCCACUUUGUCCCCUGCAGGGUCACUGGGGUUUGAUGAUUUCACAAAUUUAACCCCACUGGUGAAAGAGGAACUGAGGUUUGCCAUUCAGAAUAAGCGUCAGUUCCACAGGAUGUCUUCUUCAUUGGACACGGUGACGGUUUCUGAAAGGCCAGUUGAAACAGCAAUGAUGAAAACAGAGUUUUCUCCUGAAGAGGAUGAAAGAAAGAAGAGAAGAAGGGAAAGGAACAAAAUUGCUGCGGCAAAGUGCCGAAACAAAAAGAAGGAAAAAACAGAAUGUUUGCAAAAAGAAUCAGAAAAGCUGGAAACUAUCAAUGCGGAAUUAAAAGCCCAGAUUGAAGAGCUGAAGAAUGAGAAGCAGCAUUUGAUAUACAUGCUAAAUCUUCACAGGCCUACUUGUAUAGUUCGUGCACAAAAUGGAAGGACACCUGAAGAUGAAAGAAAUCUUUUUAUUCAACAGAUCAAAGAAGGCACAUUACAAGGUUAAGUGAUAUGGCAAACAUGGAAAUAUUUAUAGUGUUUUUAACAACUACCAGAAUCCAUGGAGGAUCUGACAUAAUGUGUAGGAUUCCAUUAGUCAAGAGCCUUUAGGAAGGGCAGGUUGCUUUCUUAAGUGGAAAGAAUCAUUUUGGCUUGACAGCGAUUCUUCCCCUUGGAAGAUCUGGUCUCAAUCAAAUUGAAGAGCCUUCUGCCUCAAAUAUAGGUUUUUGCACCUGUCAUACUUGCUAUUCCUAGGAGCUACAGACAACAGCUUCAGAAGUUUUAGCUCUCUGCUAGUAUACAGUAUCUGCACUCACGACGUUUGUGCUAGAACACUAUGACUUCCAGUGAUGCACAUGGUACAGACAGCUGUGCUGGAUGGACACUACUUUUCCUUGUUGCUGAUAGGGAAAGAAGACUGAGUAUUUUUGAAGUUUCCAGGAGGAUGGUUUCUGGCAGAAUGUACUGAUGCAUUAUGUUGCAUUUUAACCUAACACAUACACACACACACACAAAAAACCCCUUUAGUUCCAACUAAGCUUUGUCAGUUUUCUCACAACACUUGUGUGGGUUUUUUCUAUGACUCAUCUCAGUGACUGAAAUUGAAGAGCCUUGUAGGUGUGACAAAGAAAUGUUUCUUGCAAAACAUCUAUGUGGCCUAGCUUGUAUUUUACGAGUUAUCACCUCACCUACUAUCCUUUGGGGACUACAAUUUUUCUUUGAUGGCUAAAGAGCAGCUUGUACUAUCAUUUAGUGACUUGGUGAAUUGAACCCACUGGAAAGAGGAAACUAACUGUUGAAGAGUGUUGAUAGAGGUUUUGCUGAAGUAAAGAACUGCAGGACUGAAUCCCAGGCUUGUGAACCUUGAAAAGGUGUUUGUU